AAAGAAAUUGGGACGCAGUGAAUACUAUGCCUUUCUUCCUUGGGCACGUUGCGCCUGCAAGCUGAAACCUCUGUCUCUCUCUCUCUCGAAGCUCACGAAAGACCUCAAAAUCAGUCGAGAAUCAUGGCAACGAUGGGUCAGAACACUCGCAAUGCAAAACUCGUAUUACUCGGCGACAUGGGAGCCGGAAAAUCGAGCCUCGUCCUGCGCUUCGUCAAAGGUCAAUUCUUCGAAUUCCAGGAAUCGACGAUCGGAGCGGCGUUCUUCUCGCAAACGCUGGCGGUGGGCGACGAGACGUUGAAGUUCGAGAUCUGGGACACUGCCGGCCAAGAGAGGUACCACAGCUUGGCACCGAUGUACUACAGAGGUGCAGCUGCUGCUAUCAUCGUCUAUGAUAUCACUAGCACGGACUCCUUUGCACGGGCUAAGAAGUGGGUGCAAGAACUUCAGAAGCAAGGUAAUCCUAACAUGGUGAUGACUCUUGCUGGAAAUAAAGCCGAUUUGGCAGAUAAGAGGGAAGUGCCGGUAGAAGAGGCACGAGCGUAUGCUGAGGAAAUUGGUCUUUUUUUCAUCGAAACCUCUGCCAAAACUGCUGCUAAUGUCAAUGAUAUUUUCUAUGAAAUAGCUAAGAGGUUGCCUAGAGCUCAGCCUGCUCAAAAUCCAGCAGGGAUGGUUCUUGUGGAAAGACCAACAGAAGGAUCCCGAGCUGCAUCAUGCUGUGCCUAACUGUUUCCUAUCAAGUAUACUUUUUGAGCAGUGCUAGGGAUGCGGGGAUGGGGAUCCGGACACAGGGUCGCCCAAUGCACGUGGAUCCCACAAGUGCAAUAUGGGACUCACAUGCAUCGGAUCUGCACAGCUUCGGCUCUGUGAACAUCAGUGUACGGAUGACUCUAUCCAGAGCUUCGGCUACUAUUUUUUACACGCUUUCUUGUCUUGAAACCAGAGCUUCUUACCUCUUGGUCCCCCCUUACCGUUCCCAUGAAUUUCUUUUCUAGGAAUUCUCAGUGAAGGAUAUUACUAGGCAGAUGAGUAAGUAAAAAGAUUCGUGUUUGGCGGUGGUUUCAGAAUUGGGUUUCCAGAAAACAUUUUUAGAAAGAUACAGUCAUUUUAUUUACGUAGUAUAUGUUUUUGAUCUUCACGAGUAUAUUUGCUUCUGAGUUCUGUUCAUAUGGCAAUGAUAUCUGAUUGUGCUUUUGAGCUUUUGUGUGUCUCAAUGUGACAGUUGAUGGACGAUGAUCAUGAUGUAUCGUGUAAUGGAAGUUCAAAAAGCUCAUGGCGCACUUGACGGAAACUUGUAAAUGAUUUGGUGUUUUUGUGUGUGUGAAUGCAGCACUUUAAAAUUAGUACAAAGAAAUUCUCAAAAUUCAAACCUUAUUCGUGUAUGGCGUUUAUGCUUUACCCUAAUAAAUCUUCAAGAAAUGUUUAGAAAAGUUGUGUAUAAAAA